UUGCCUCGAGGCGCUUGCGCAGAGGGGAGAAAGCGGAAGGAAGGAGGACGUGGUCCGGAGCGGCCCUCCCCGGUUCUCUUUCGGGUCGGCUCCACGCCGGGCUUCCGGUCCGUCUCUGUUUCCAGCUCGGGUCGGGCAAGCUGCGGGAUGUCGCGGCGGGCCUUGAGGCGGCUGAGGGGCGAGUCGCGGGGCCAGGCGCUGCCCGAGGAGGCGGAAGCGGAGGAGGCGCCCUUGGGGGGCCUCGGCGAGGGAGGCGAAGAAGAAGAGGAGGAAGAGGAAGAAGAGGAGGAGGAGGUGCCGUCCCUGCCGGGAGGCGACGCCAAGAAGAGCCUCAGGAGGCGGAGGAGGAGGAGGAGGCCGCCCGGGCAGGAGCCCCUGGGAAGGGUCGCCAACCUCUUCGAACUGAUCACCAAUGAAGAGUCAGAGGAUGAUCUAGUAUCCAAGGAGGAGAGAGAUGAUUCCAGGCUGCAGGAGGAAAAUGACACAAGAAGUAAAGAGGUGGGCUCUGGGGCUUUGGAGAGUGACAGGAGAAGCCAAGGAGAAGAGGGAGAGCAAGUGGACCAUAUGCCUAUUUCAAGUACCAAGUCGCGGAAGAAAAAGAAGAAAAGAAAAAAUAAGAAGAAUGCAUCGGGCGAUAUUACGCACCCAGGAGAGGAUGAUAAUACAGAAGACAUUGAAAGCAUCCUGGUCAGGAUUCAGAACUCCAACGGUCCAUCAUGUCAAAAUGAGAGCAGAAUAUUCACAGACAGCCGUCCGCUGCUGUACAUAGAGCACAGGAACCUGAAUCCAGAAACUGAGCUGAAGAGAUAUUUUGGGGCCCGAGCUGUUCUUGGUGAUCAGAGGCCACGGCAGAGGCAGCGCCAGUAUGUCCGCAGCACGUGGCUGGCGGUGCCCAAGAACACUUGGCCACGGCACAGCAAAACAGGUCUCUCCAUGGCACUGCUGGACUCCAAGCGGGGGGUGCAACAUUUUGCCUUCGAGCACCAUCGCGACUACCAGCAAGUGCAGUUCAAGUUCCUGGAUGCGGUGGAAUCCAUGGACCCAAACAAUCUUGUGCUUCUGCUCCAGAUGAAUCCUUCCCACGUGGACUCGCUCCUGCAGCUCAGCGAUGUGUGUCGGAUGCAGGAGGACCAGGAGAUGGCCAGAGACCUCAUCGAGCGAGCCCUCUACACCCUGGAGUGCGCCUUCCACCCGAUGUUCAGUCUCACCAGCGGGACCUGCAGGCUGGACUACUGCAGGCCUGAGAACAGAGCUUUCUAUCUGGCUCUCUUCAAGCACAUGGUGUUCCUUGAGAGGAGAGGCUGCCCUCGCACAGCCCUGGAGUUCGGCAAGCUUAUUCUGAGCCUUGAUCCAGAGAACGACCCACUCGGCGUGCUGCUGAUCAUCGAUUUCCUGUCACUCCGAGCGAGAGAAUAUACCUUCUUGACGCGCAUGUUUCACGAGUGGGAGGGUCACCGGAACCUCUCCCAGCUCCCGAACUUCGCCUUCUCGGUCCCUCUGGCCUAUUUCUUUCUGAGUCAGCAGGAAGACCUCUCAGAUGCCGAGCUCAGCCAGGCCCACGAAAGAGCUGCCAGCCUCCUCCAGCAGGCGCUGAUCAUGUUUCCUAAUGUCCUGAUGCCUCUGCUGGAUCGCUGUAGCGUGCAGCCAGACGCCACGGUGGCCUCCCACCCGUUCUUCGGAGUGGAUGCCCAGCUAAGUUCUCCUCCUGCGUUGAACCAGCUGGUCUCUCUCUAUCUCGGGAGAAGCUGCUCCCUCUGGAAGGACCCGGCCGUGAUGGCCUGGCUGGAGACCAACGUGCACGAGGUCUUGCGGACGGUGGACUCCAAGGACCCGAGGUUGGAAGAGGCUGAGCAGAAGCGAAAAGCCAGGUACCAGAACGCUCCCAGGAACGUUUAUCGCCAUGUGAUCCUCUCAGAGAUCAAGGAAGCCACUGCCGCUUUGCCUCUGGAAGUGACCUCCCAGCCUAUAAUGGGAUUUGAUCCCCUGCCGCCUCUGGACUCCAUCAUUUCUUACACAAGGCCAGAAAGGACAACCCACCCGUCCAGUGAAAGCACUUUAUCUCUCUUCUUCCGCUCACUGUUGCCAAACUUCAACCUGCAGGGAGAAGCUGGAGCCGGCAGGGAGGAGGAUCCGGGCGCCGGGCAGAACCUCAACCAGGGUGUGAACCGACUCAUGGCAGCCAUGCGGGACAUGCUGGCCAACAUCCAGUUCCAGGAGCCGCCCCGGGACGACAACCCCGAGAUGGAUGGAGGAGAGUGGGACUGACCCCUUUUGCCCCAGACACACUCACCCUCCUCCUCCUCCUCCCCCCCACCCUCCCAAGGGAUCUCCCCUGCCAUGAAAUAAACGGAUCAGAAGGACA